GAUCAGAGAUACACACCAUCCUACUAUCAACAUACCACCAUUUACCAUCUAUCAGGAUCAGAGACACACACCAUCCUACUAUCAACAUACCACCAUUUACCAUCUAUCAGGAUCAGAGAUACACACCAUCCUACUAUCAACAUACCACCAUUUACCAUCUAUCAGGAUCAGAGAUACACACCAUCCUACUAUCAGCAUACCGGCAUUUACUACCUAUCAGGAUCAAAGACACACACCAUCCUACUAUCAGCAUACCGGCAUUUACUACCUAUCAGGAUCAGAGAUACACACCAUCCUACUCUAAGCAUACCCUCAUUUAUCAUCUAUCAGGAUCAGAGAUACACACCAUGCUCCCAUAAGCAUACCGCCAUUUACCACCUAUCAGGAUCAGAGACACACACCAUCCUACUCUCAGCAUACCGCCAUCUACUACCUAUUGGGAUCAGAGAUACACACCAUCCUACUAUCAACAUAGCACCAUUUACCAUCUAUCAGGAUCAGAGACACACACCAUCCUACUAUCAACAUAGCACCAUUUACCAUCUAUCAGGAUCAGAGAUACACACCAUGCUCCUAUAA